AUGCCAGAAAUAGAUGAUGUGGAUAACCCGCCGCAUUAUAGGCCCCAACUAGACUACAAUCCGAUGUCCACUAUCGAAAGAUACACUGUUUUGCUCAAGGAUGGUGAAACGACUGCCACCAUAUACCCAAUCCAGUCUGCUGAUGAACUACCGCCUGGACUUUUGGCAUUCUUGUGUGAUGAGCUUAAUAUGGAAAUUGAACGUGGUGAUACAAUUGCGUUUUUUGAUACCCUUCACGUUGAAAGCUUUCAGAAUUAUUGGUUUGGUGCUUUCGCGGGGGUCAUGGUACUCGGUGACUCUCCCCAGCUAGAAGGUCCAAAGCAAUGGGAAAAGGAAUGUUUGGGUACAUUUUUUAUAAAACCUAACUACCCUGGCCGUGCCUCCCAUAUCUGUACUGCUAACUUCUUAGUUAACGCAGGUAUUCGAGGGAAAGGUAUUGGCAGAACCUUGGCUGAUUGUUUUCUUCAAUGGGCACCUAGAUUAGGUUACACAUAUUGUGUGUUUAAUUUGGUUUUCGAGACAAACGUAUCAGCUAGAAGAAUUUGGGAGUCACUUAAUUUUAAAAGAAUCGGUAGAGUCAAGUCGGCAGGAAUUCUCAAGGGACACGACACUGCAGUAGACGCUAUCAUAUACGGUAGAGAAUUGGUCACAGUCUCUGACGCAACAGUUGGCGCUUAUAGAUUUGACAAGAUCAAGUUUUAUCUCGAAACAGGCAAGUAUCCGGCAAUGGCUGACAGACAGGAAAAAUCAAGACUUCGGUCCUCUGCUUCUCAUUACAGAUUAGAGAAUGGUAAGCUCAUGCUUCGUGAUAAGGAAGUCGUCAGUGACCCUGUGAGGCAAUUGCAAAUUUGUACAGAAAUACAUCUUGCCAAUCAUGGUGGAAUUAACAAAACUACCUCUGCUGUGACGGAAAAGUAUCAUUGGACUAGAAUCAAAGAUACUGUGGCUGCAGCCAUCAAGAAUUGCAUAGCAUGCAGAGAGUCCUCUAGGGAAGAACUUACAACCAAACGUUCUGUUGUGCCUAAGCGGAUGCUACUGGGUUCUGCUGACAACCGCCGAGAUCUUAACCCAUCUACUGCGAAGACCAACCAAAUGUUGCGUCCGAAUGUUCGACGUGAUACAGGCCGUGAUGAAGUCGACACCAUGUCCGCCAUCCAUGGUCUUCAGCAUCGUGAGCUGGAGAAUUUAUUGACUCACGACUUAUCAGGUCUUGACGAUGGUCUCAUUGCGGUUGUCGAGGCGGCACAGAGACGACAGCAGUCGUCGCAUCACCUGCUAGAUCAACAGCGGUCUAAUCAUCAUGGAUCGAGAGGCGACCAUCGUACCCACAGUGCACCAACCUACGCCGCUGUUGCUGCGGGUGCAGUCGGUCCGGAGACUCAUAGAGGUUACCAGGACGACUAUUCUUUUCAUCAAUAUACCGACAAAUUCAGCUCUUCGAAAGAACGUGGACGAAAUGACGAUGUGCCUGUUGACCCUGAUGUAUCUGAAUUUGAUCACAAUGUUAAUCCCGAAGGCGAUGAGAUUGAAAUUGCUCGAGCAUUAAUGCAAUCAAACGACGUUGAGGAGAACUCUCCGGAGAGAAAUCUGCAACGUCUGAAGACUUCUGAACAAGAUCGAGCUAACGAAGCAAAUAUUUUCUUCAAAAACCAAUAA